UCCUCGCUAUAGAAACGUCGGCCGCUUAAGCUUAACAGAAUGCUCAAGUGCACCUCGCUCGUACUGCUGGGCUCGGCCUUCGUCGUGUCGCGCAGGAACGACUUUUUCGAAAGAUGCGUGAAACCGGAAGAAGAACAAGUGGUCGGUCAAUGCGUCAUGGCACCCGAACACUGGCUUCGCUCGAAGACGUACCAGCACUAUGCCCUCGAAGCCCUCGAAAAGGGCAACAUUCAGCCAGAUGAGGGAAACCUAAACACUUUGCUUGCAGUCACACGAGCAGCAUCGCAGCUGUGGCACGGUAUAGUGAUCAGAAUCGAGUUCACUACAGUCGAGAGCGUGUGCAACAGCUCCGUUGCUUAUUCCGAACAGCUGUGCCGACCACUUAAGAGCGAGGCCAAUGGACUGUGUCAGGCAAGGUUUAGGUACUAUGGGCAUUUGAAGCUUGAACAAGCCACCUGUGUUCCAAUAUUCUCUCAAAGAACAAUCUUCAGGCGUUUCCAGAAAGCGCGUUCGGGCUUGUUUUCACUUGCGCAAAAUUGGAGAACUGCUGAAGCGCUUCUUAACAGUACACGCGCGCAGUGAAUAAAGCUGAGUUGCGUCUUUUUCACUGUGGGGUGUCAGUUUAAGA